GACUAAGUAACUUUAUUUUUUUUUAGAAAGCCGGCAUCAUGAUUCUAACUUUGUUGUUGUGUGCCAUGGUGUUCGGUGUACAGGGUGAUGUGACCUUCAAUACCGAUAACAUCCUAUACACACAGAGAGCUAAAGCUCUACUCGAAGGGAGUUCAGUGGUCAAUCAUAACCUUUUAAGGAAUGUGAGUGAAUAUAAAUUUGAAGAACCGCAAAUGCACUAUUUGCUAUUACUGGGAUCUGUCUACAGGACUGCAUUGCGUUCUUCUAAUUAUGAAGAUGUCAAUCUUGAACGACUACUCCUUGAUGUACUUCAGAACGAAGUCCCCGACAUGCUGGAAUAUCCUGAUCUUAUUGUAGAUCCGCUGUUGAGAGAUGUGCAGGAAAUGGUUAAUAGAAGUGAACCUAUUUUGAGCCUUAUGGAACAAGCUUGUGAUAAUUUAGGAGACGGUGAAUGCAACAAAGUAAUAAGUAAGCUUGUGGAAAAUCAGUUUGAAUUAUUAUUGCCUGCUAAGUUGCUAGAAGUCGCAGGCAAGCUCGCAGAAGAGUACCUGGCUAUCCAGCCUCGUCUGCUAGAAGUUGCUGAGAACUUCGACGUACUGCCUUAUCUGCUUGCAAAUCGUCAAUAUGUGUUGAAUGAUGUAAGGCUAUUGUCCGAAGUGCUAUCACUACUGGGACAUCAUAUUCCUGAAAUGUAAAAUUUUGUGAAAAAAAUGUGAGUUUUGACAAUUAGUCUAUAUAAUCAACAAAUCGAAAUUUAAAGUUUUUUUUUCAUUGGCAGCAGUCAUAAAAAAAUUAUUUACCUAUGUAUAAAUUUAUACACGUUUUAUAAAUUAUUAUUUUUAUUACGCCAUACCACAAGCAAUAUAAUGCAGUUUUAAUGAAUGUGAUUUUAACUAUAAUGAGAUAUUUAACUAUAUGAUAAAACAAAUUUGUAAAUAAUGUAUUUUAUAAUAUUUUAUUGCUAAGUGGUAUUUACUUUUUAAUAUCUUGGAAGGAUUUUGUUUAACAAUUAUAAAUAUUUUUGUCAAAACUUGCAGUAAAUAUUAUUUUGAUUAGGUAACCAGCAGUCAUUACUUUAUAACACUAAAUUACUUAGUCUGUAAAUAAUUUUAAGUUAUUAUUACGCCCAGCUCAAACUUAAUUUCAGAGAAUCUCAACGGAUGUCGUUUCGAUUUAUUUUAAUAAAUAAUGAUGCAUCACGCAAUUAAAAUGUUGUGUUUUA